UGAUGGAUAAUGGGGCCGCUGGCACCGUGUUAUUACUCCGACUCCAGCUCUCCACGGCCCCCGGCGCUCUGCAUACCUCUCCGGGUCGCGCAGAGCCGGGGAGGCGCUCCGAGAGGCCCCGGCCAGCUGCGGUGGGUGUGUGCUGUUUCCUGCAUAUAAGCGCCGGCUGCUCGUGCUACAGUUUGCGGAGUUUGGCUGCACGUUCACUGACAGCAUGGCGACCAGAAAGGAGGCACCCCUAGGCUCCAUCGAGAACCCGAUCAAAUUCGGCGAUCAGGACUUCAAGACCCUGCUGGAGGAGUGUCUGAAAUCCGGAGAACUGUUUGCUGAUCCGAUCUUCCCACCUGAGCAGAAGUCCAUCGGUAUGCCGGAAGAUCCUGAUCCAGAGAGGGCGAUCAAGUGGCAGCGACCCAAGGAAAUCCAUGAUAACGCUGUGUUUGUGGAGGGCACAACUGGAACCACAGACAUCUGUCAGGGCCAACUGGGUAACUGUUGGCUGUUGGCAGCCCUCUCCUGUCUCACCAUGCACCCCAAACUCUUUGUGAAGGUGGUGCCGCCUAACCAAAGUCUGUCCAAAUCAUACGCAGGGAUAUUUCACUUUAGGUUCUGGCAGUAUGGUGAGUGGGUGGAGGUGGUUGUGGAUGACAGGCUGCCGGUACGCCAAGGCCGUCUGCUCUUCAGCUACUCUCACACCCGCCACGAGUAUUGGAGCGCCCUGGUGGAGAAGGCCUAUGCCAAGUUAGUUGGAUGCUACGGAAGCCUGAAGGGAGGCAACAUCUCAGAGGGAAUGGAGGAUUUCACAGGAGGCAUCGCAUACUCGCUGCAGGUCUCAUCUCGUACCCCUCGAGUCCUCUGGAGGUCUCUGACAGCCGCUCUGUCCCGAGGCAGCCUGCUCAGCUGCUUCAUAGAGGCCGCCAACUACAGUGAGGUUGGCAAAGUGACAGGAAAUGGGCUUGUAAAGGGUCAUGCUUACGCCAUCACCGACACCGACAAGGUGAAGAAAGCGUCGGAGGAGAUUUUGUUGCUGAGGCUGAGGAACCCCUGGGGUUUUGUCGAGUAUCGCGGACCGUGGAGUGACAAGGGUAAAGAGUGGGAUGACGUGGACAAAGCAGAGAAGCAAAGGAUUGAGCUGAAAAAGAGAGAAGAUGGAGAGUUCUGGAUCAGCGCUGCGGACUUCAGCAGCCUGUUUGACAUCGUUGAGCUCUGCAGUGUGAAUCCUGAUACUCUUGUGGAGGGAAACACACCUUCCUCUGCUCCCUCUCCCGCCUCCACCUGGACCAUCAGUGAACAUGAAGGAUUCUGGGUGUCGGGGAGCUCUGCUGGUGGCAGCCGCAGAUACCACCGAUCCUUCUGGAAGAAUCCUCAGUUCCAGCUGGUUCUCACAGAGCAGGACCAGCCAGAAGAAGACGAUGAGGAUGAUGAAGAUGAUGAAGAUGACGAGGACGAUGAGCCGAUGACCCCAGAGGAGAAGAGGAGAGCAGAGAAACAGAAGCAGAAAGCCAAACAGUGCACUGUGCUGGUGGAGCUGCAGCAGAAAAACCGCAGGAAGAAGGAUAAAGUCCACUUCCUCUACAUGGGCUUCCACAUCUACAAGGUUCCUCCUGAGCUCCAGGGUGUGUGUCUGAGCCGCAACUUCUUCUUGAAAAAUCGCCCUGUGGGUCGCUCCGGGAAAUAUAGAGCUCAGAGGGCUGUGUGGAGGAAGCUGCAUCUGGACCCAGGUAACUACAUCAUCGUGGCGUCCACCUAUCGACCCAACCAGCCUGGAGAGCUCUUCAUCCGCAUUUUCUCCAAGACUGGAAACACUCUCGGGUCUCAGGACUUUACCUGCUCCUCUGUCUUCCUCCCUGUGAUGGCAACUCCUGUCUCCCGAGAGGAUGAAGUGAGAGUUAGGAAGACUUUUGAUGAGGCGGCAGGCCCAGAUGACAGACUGAAUGCCAGGGAGCUCAUGAAGCUGUUGAAUACAGUUCUCGACAAAGAUUACCAUCUGCCGCUGGAGACGUGCAGACAGCUCAUCUUUGGAGAGGAUACUAAAGGGCGCUCAAGUCUCAACCACAAACAAACGGAAACCCUGCUGUCCAGUCUGCGCCAUCUGCAGUCCAUCUUUUUCCAGUUCGAUGAAGACUCUUCUGGGACCAUGAGCCCCUUUGAGCUCACAACAGCGCUGCAAGCUGUUGGGAUGCAGUGUGAUAAUAAGGUCACUGAGCUGCUGUGUGAGCGCUUUGCAUCUGGAGAGCGUCAAAUGCCCUUCCAUGGCUUUGUGUCAUGUUUCACCAGGAUGAAGAAGCUUUUUGCGCUUUAUGAAUCAGAGACUCAAGAGGUGAAAGACAGAGGGAUCAACUUUUGGCUGCUUAAGUUCCUGACAGUGUGAAGACGCUUCAUGAGGAGGGUCUCCACAUGAGACCCAGCAGAACCACAACACAGACAACAAAUAUAAACUGUAUUUUAAAACUGUUGCUUCAUGUGCGCCUUAAUGCAGUGCAACAGUAGUGGCUCAGUCCCUGCUUUGCUGUGUUUUUAUUCAUCUCCGUUCUCAUACCUCCUGUUAUGUCCUUGAUUCACUGUUGGUUCAAGGCUCAGCCUUUUAUGUCAUUAUACAAUACAAGAUUGUACGGCAAAACCGAAGCUGUAGCCCCGCCCACACUUUUCACAGAGACAGAGUAAAAAUUAGAAUAGAGUAAAACAAUAAAACAGAACAAAGUUUUGCAAGUCUCAAGUCUUUGUACUCACGUCCCCAUUCAAGUGCCAGGUCAAGACUGACAAGGUUUAAAAAUUGUUUGUUAUAGCAAGUUUGUUUAAAAGUCAUUUAGUUGUUAAGCUAACGUAAAGAAAGCAUUAGUUCGCUAUAUAUGUUGAUUAUAGCCUCGACUGGUUGUUGCAUCUCCAUCUGUAAAUUUCGACCUGCACGUUUUAACAAAAUUGUCUUAGGCAUCAUUUCUUCCAACUCGUGAUCAGUAACAUAUCAUUAGUUAGUGGUUCUCUCCUGCAACUUGAUUGGACGCUGUCUGAUUGGUUCAUUUAAGUGGAUCAUUUUGGCCAUUAAAUGUUGACUUGCUGCUAAUAAGAAGUGUUAACGUGAGCUGAUUCAGGAAAUGAAGGGAAAUUAACGUGGCCCCCAGAAAAGCUUCUCUCAGUCAGCCCAUUCAAAUUCCCAAGUCUUCAAAUACUGCCACUUUUGCAGUUAUUUUGUCAGAAAAUGUAGAAAAAUGUAGAAUGUAGUGUUCACUUUCCAUCUGAAUGAGAUGUUUUUUUUCUACACCUGACCAUUGCCUCCUUUUCCUAAACCUAAAAAUCCGUGCGUUUGUUGAUGUCCCGGAGUUGGUUGUCCUGUGCUGUUGUUGCCGAAACAUAACAAUGUGCCGGAAGUCCACAGCAAAGCGGCAAUAUGACUUGGGAUGAGAGUGUGUUGGCUCAGUCUUGUCGCCAAUUUUUCCCAGUGGCCACUAGUGGAAUUGCAGAGAAAAACUCCCUUGCAGCCCAAAAAGCAUUUUCCCUGUAGGCUGCCAUUAUAGAAGAGACAGCUGUAAAGCUGUUGACAGGACACCUCAAAGUGCAAACAAGGUCAAUUAUGACUCUUUCUACUCUGAAUUUUUAAUCCAUGGUAGUUUUAUAUUUGUGAAACUUUACUGGAGCAAAGUGAUUUAAAAUCUGUGACAUCAUCACAAUAUAAAGUCUAUGAGCCGAGUGGGAACUCACAGGUGGGGCCAGUGGGAGAAACACGCCUGUGCAUAUUCAGUGGGCUGCAUGUCAGAGAAGUUAACUGGAAGCUAAAACACUUUUCUGGCGUAUGCUCCAGGCGAGCAGCUCCAUUAUAACGAAUAGGCUCCAUCUUUGGCCCAGCAUCUAGGUAUUAUUAAAUUCUGUGAAAUUAACUGAUUAGUGGCAGAGUUUUUAAAUAACAUUUUAAUCUUUGGGUUUGGGGAAAAGUAUCUAGUAUUUUCAAGUGAAAAAGGCUCAAGUCAAAGUGAAGUCACGAGUCAUAGAUGUUAAAGGUCCAAGUCCUUUUUUUGUGAGACUUUUUGCGAGUCUAAAGUAAUCAGAUUUGUGAGUUGGUGUAUAAUAUACUGUAUAAUAUACAAUAUGCAACAACAUCAUUUAAUUGUUAGUUAUUCCACAUUGUAAUAAAAUUGAUUUCAUAAUUAUA